ACACACAUGCGCACUGUCUUCGCAGCGAAGAUGGUGGGCUGCUGUAUUUGGGGCCGGAGCUGGGUUGGCUGGCGGCGGGGCCCUGGGGUCCGUGCAGCGCUCGCGGCCGCAGGCUUUGGCACCAAGGCUGGGCAUCAGCUGCAACCUCAAGGCUCCAGUAAACGGUCGGGACCCCGCAGGGACCAACCAUGUCCCGGGCUACUACGGCCAGAGGACCUCAGUCGCGAGGAGCUGGUUGAUGUGCUGACAGCAGCCGUGGUGGAUCAGAAAGGACCUCUAGUGACAGUCAACAAGCCACAGGGGCUGCCAGUAACAGGGAAACCGGGAGACCUGACACUGCUCUCAGUGCUGCCAGAGCUAAGCCAGUCACUGGGGCUCGGGGAGCGGGAGCUCCAGAUUGUCCGAGCAGCUGGGAAGGAUUCCUCUGGGCUUGUACUCCUUUCCAGUUGUCCCCAGACUGCAAGUCGCCUCCAGAAGUUCUUCACUCACUCAUGCAGAGUCCAAAGACCGACAGCCACCUACUGUGCCAUCACUGAUGGGAUCCCAGCUACUUCUGAGGGAAAGAUCCAAGCAGCUUUGAAAUUGGAACACAUUGAUGGGGCCAAUCUUGUAGUUCCAGUGAAGCCUCCUUCCCGAAAGGACAUCCUGGAAGGUGUCAAAAGGACUCUCAGCCACUUCCGUGUGGUGGCCACAGGCUCCGGCUGUGCGCUGGUCCAGCUGCAGCCAUUGACAGUGUUCCCCAGUCAGCUACAGGUGCACAUGGUUCUGCAGCUCUGCCCUGUGCUUGGGGACCACAUGUACUCUGCCCGUGUCAGCACUGUCCUGGGCCAGCGCUUUCUGCUGCCAGCUGAGAGCACCAAGCCCCGAAAACAGGUCCUGGAUGAAGCCCUCCUCAGAUGCCUUCGCCUGACCCCCUCCCAGGCUGCCCAGCUGCCCUUGCACCUCCACCUGCAUUCUCUCCUUCUCCCAGGCCCCAGGCCCCAGGACACCCCCAUUGAACUUCUAGCGUCCCUGCCCCCUUAUUUCACUAAGACCUUGCAGUGCCUGGGGCUCCGCCAACAAUAGUCAUCCCACUGUCCCUGACACCCUCUGGAAGGGGAGAGGGGACCUGUGGCCAGGCCCGUGGAAAAUGAGAUCAGUGCUUAGCAUGCAGUAAGGCCAUGGUUUAUGAUGCUGGGCUCUGCAGGCAGACAGACCUGGCUAGGCCACUUGCUGUGUGAUGUUGGGCAAGUGACUUCACCUCUCUGGACUUGAGAUAAUAAAAGUAUCUACCUCAUGAUAUUGUUUUGAGGAUUUGCUGAGAAAGUAAAUGCUUGCCAUGGACUAUACUUUCUGCUGAGUUGAAUAUGUGAUGUUUUUAGUUGGCUGUUUCUGACCCCACUCGAACUGGGAGGAGACUGGUUAGCUUUUUUACUUAAAAAAAUUGUGAAAUGUAUCAAACA